AUGGCUUUUGGUUUGGCCAGUACUAAGGAGAAUUCUGCACAAGAGAAACCCAAGGCAAAUUCAAACAAACCCAAGUGGUUCAAGAAAAAGAAAGAUGUGUGGAAUGACACUCAUGCAAAUUCAGGAGCAAAAGUGGAAUGUUUUGUGUGCAAGGGAGAACAUGUACUGACAUCAUGUGAGACUUGGAAGAAAUUAGCUGUAAAUGAACGAUGGGAAUUAGCAAAAAAGUUGGGUUUGUGCUUUCGUUGCCUCAAAAGAGGACAUCGAAUUGAACGUUGCUCGUUAAAAGGAACAUGUCCAGUCGAAGGGUGUGUGCGAAGACACCACCCACAACUUCAUGCGGUCAUAGCGCUGGCACAGUUAAAUGCAGCGGCUGAGACAUUCCAUCCCUCGCAAGCAGCUGCAGGAGACACGUCAGCGACCGGUACACAAACUAAUCAUACGACUUGUGGAGUGACUGAAGAAAGUGUACCACGCCUCGGGAGAGUAGCCCUGCAGAUGAUACCCGUAAUACUGGAAGGGAAAAACGGAAUAAAGAUCAGAGGAAACGCCAUUUUUGGUGGUGGUUCUGGAUCAUCCUACCUUAAGGAGGAGAUCGCUGAUAUAUUGGGUUUGGACACUGAGCGUAAACCACUACGUGUUGCUGUUUUUGGAGCAAAUUCAAUUGUGACAGAUAACAAAACUGUAACUGUGCGCCUAGAAAGUAUAGAUGAGAGUGUUAAGAAAUGUGUAUUUCUGUGGACAACCCCCAAAAUUUGUGAAAUGACAGCAGUUGAUUGGAAACUAGACCAUCUUCGUGAUUUAGAGAUAGAAAAGCCAGUCGAACAUGGAGAAGUCAUGAGGAACUUCUUCUACCACUUGAACAUCGCAUAG